CACUCUGCUAAUAGGCCGUGUGUCCUCCGCAACACCAAAGAAGAAGAGAGCUCCCACUAUAAUGGGGCGUAUUUAUCCAUGAACUGGGGUCUCAGCAGGGACACUGUGAACCCGAGGGCAGGAGUGUACAGCUCGAAUUUAACAGGCUCAAAUACUGGCAAGCCCGCCCACAUCACUCCUUGGUCCCCGCCCCCUCUCCUCGGCGUGAAAACGAUCAGAGGAGGCGGCUCUCACGUUUAAACUGUUGCGCUGACCCUCUGCUGACAGGACACCAGCGGAACUCUCUUUUGAGAAGGAGUACUAUUGAUUGUAUUCUUGGAAGCAAAAUGAAGCGAAGCCACAAUUACAGCUCCUCAGAAAGCGACCUGGACGACAUUGUUGAGGUGGAGAAAGAUAGUGGGGACGAAAAUGGUGUACUUGAUUCUCACGGCUCGAUGUCACCCUCCACAACCACACAAGUUCAAGCCAGAAAAAGGCGCAGAGGGAUUAUUGAGAAACGAAGACGUGACCGAAUCAAUAAUAGUCUGUCGGAGUUGAGAAGAUUGGUGCCAAGUGCUUUUGAGAAACAGGGAGCUGCUAAACUGGAAAAAGCAGAAAUUUUGCAAAUGACAGUCGACCAUUUAAAGAUGCUUCAUGCCUCCGGUGGCAAAGGUUACUUCGAGGCUCACGCUCUUGCUAAGGAUUACCGCAGCCUGGGCUUCAGGGAGUGCCUGGCCGAGACGGCUCGCUACCUGAGCAUCAUAGAGGGUCGGGAUGGGGCAGACCCCCUCCGUGUACGCCUGGUGUCCCACCUCAGCAAUUACGCCUCUCAGAGGGAGGUGCAAACUGGUCUGGAACACUUAGCCUGGGGCUCUGCCUACGGGACGGUGCCUGCUCACCUCCCCCACCCCCUCCUCCUGCAACGCCCUACGGGCAGGACACCCGCAUCCAGAAGCAAAAGUGGCCUAUCCUCCUCUUCCCCGGCCUCUUCCACAUCUUCCUCCCCCUCCGUCGAGGCAGCUGGGACAUCGAGACUCGGUGCGAUGCCCCCCACAGAGACCCUCAGGGUGCCUCCUAACGGUUCGUUGGCCCUCGGUCUGUCUGCGCCGACAUCCAAGCUUUCCCCGCCGCUGCUGUCGUCGCUGUCAUCGCUGUCGGCCUUCCCCCUCUCCUUCGGCGCUUUCCCUCUGGUGUGCCCGACAGGUCUCAGCACCGUGAGCCCCUCCUCCACCCUGUCAAAGCCUUACAGGCCAUGGGGCACGGAGAUCGGGGCCUUCUGAAGCCAACGACUAGACUGAUGGCAGCAGCUGAGCUGUGUCCAGCACCGCAGACGAGAGAGGAAAGCCAGCCUCUUGUUUUUAUAGCAAUGAAAUGAAAUACGCAGGAAGAAAGCUAACUGAUUUGAUUUUAUACAAGUAUUUAGAAUAAGAAAGAGAGGUCUUUCUCAAUAUGUCAUUACUCUGAAGAAAGGAAUUCUGAAUGAUUGGAUGUUUACUAAUUUAGUUAACAUGCGCUGUCUCCAGCAUGAGGACAGAUAUGAGCCAUGAAUAGUUUUACUGUAAGCUAUUUUUUUUGUAGACCACGUACUGAAAUUUCAGCAUUUGUCGGGCGUGGGGGUCCGUAUUUAACGUAAUGUAGAGUUAUUGAAUCCGGUCUGCUUCUUUAGUGGUAUCACUAAAGGAAACCGUAAAGUGAAUAAACAUAUUACAUUUGCCAUUUUUUUUAAACUAACCACGUGAGAAUAGGAAAAUUACAUUCUUGUAUCUAUUUGUAAUAUUUUUGUACCAAUAAAUUGAAUGUAAAGUAUAAAGUAGGGAUUCAAACCAAAGUUUUUGUUUAUGUUGCAUUGGCAUCUAAACGCUCCUCAUUUUUUUGUUUGUUUUCAUAAUGACCAUUUUUUUUUUUUACCAUGUUGUAAGUAAACUGUCAUUUGUAUGAGCAGAACGUCCUCCCUCCAAGUGAUUAUGACCGUAUCUUCCCAAAUUACAUGAAUUCCACAGGUGCAUUCUUGUUACAAUACUGUGGAAGUUAAUCAUGAUAAUAGAGUCCCGGUUAUUGAGUGCAAGGCGAUUCCUAUACUGUGUGCCAGGUAAGUAACCAAAUCUGAGAGCAUUGUUGCCCAUAUGAAUACCCAGGAAAUCAUUAAGAGCCAGAGGAAAUCCUUUACAAUGUUGCCCUGACCUCACCAGCUCGGGUUGGUCUGAAACGGAGACAAUAGUGUGAACAGGAUGGGGACUUAGGAGGAAGGCGGUUAAAAAGUAACAAUAACAUACAUAGACAGAUGGACCAAUAAAUCAUUGUUCAACUCCUCUGUAUUGUUUCUGCUACGUAUGAGUGACACCGAGCUUUAGAGGUUCGCUGUUUUGGAGAGUUUUCUCCAUCCAUGCAACACCUCAGGCCUCCAGCAGGAACAGAGUUUUCCUCUGAGGCUUAUAGGCUACAUGCUAUUAAUAUAAUAAAAUUGUCACUCUUCAAAUGAU